GUCCCCUUCAGCUGGCCGACUCACUAGGGCGAGCGGGUGGCAGCGCUCGGCAUUGUGGCAGGCGGCUCGGGCCGGCGAGGGCGCCGGAGUCGCGGGCAGCGGCCGGGCGCAGGGAGGCGCGCGCGGGGGCUCGGACGGCGCGGCGUCGGCCGCUGCGAGCGCCGCUGAGCGCUCUCGCCUUCCGUCGCGCAACUUCGAAGCCAGGACGCGGGAGCCCGGGGAGCGCUCAGCCCCGGAGCCUGAGGAGCGCAGAGAGGGGCGCGCCUGAGCCUGGCCGGAGUGCGGGCGCCGGGCACCCAUCGCGCUCCGAGCGCCGGGCAGCCCUCUGCGAAGCGUGGCUGCCUCUGCCCCCACGGAGGGCACGGGCUGGCGCGGCCGGGCACCGGGGAAGACGGCGAGGAGGAGGCGGCGGCGGCGGAGACGGCGACGGCGAGGCUGGGGCCAGGGAGAGAGCCCCGGGGGAGAGGCGCCCGAGCCGGGCCGCGGGAGCAUGUGGGCCCGGAGCGGAGCGCGGGGCGCGCUGCUGCUGGCGCUGCUGCUCUGCUGGGACCUGAGGCUGAGCCGAGCAGAUGGCACCAUACCUUUGCAAAGCUGGAAUUUGGCAUUUGGGAGUACCCAAGACAAUCCGUGAGGGUAGCAGUGUCCACUAUGAUUCCAAGACAUCCUCAUUGCACUGAUCCUGGCAGCGAGGAGCUCCCCGACUCCUUCCCGUCGGCGCCGGCAGAGCCGCUGCCCCACUUCCUGGAGGAGCCGCAGGAUGCCUACAUCGUGAAGAAUAAGCCGGUAGAGCUGCGCUGCCGCGCCUUCCCCGCCACACAGAUCUACUUCAAGUGCAACGGCGAGUGGGUCAGCCAGAACGACCACGUCACGCAGGAGAGCCUGGACAAGGCCACCGGCCUGCAGGUGCGAGAGGUACAGAUCGAGGUGUCACGGCAGCAGGUGGAGGAGCUGUUUGGGCUGGAGGAUUACUGGUGCCAGUGCGUGGCCUGGAGUUCUGCGGGCACCACCAAGAGUCGCCGGGCCUAUGUCCGCAUCGCAUACCUGCGCAAGAACUUCGAUCAGGAGCCUCUGGGCAAGGAAGUGCCCCUGGACCACGAAGUUCUCCUGCAAUGCCGCCCACCAGAGGGGGUGCCUGUGGCUGAGGUGGAAUGGCUCAAGAACGAGGACGUCAUCGACCCCACCCAGGACACUAACUUCCUGCUCACCAUUGACCACAACCUCAUCAUCCGUCAGGCCCGCCUGUCAGAUACGGCCAACUACACCUGUGUGGCCAAGAACAUCGUGGCCAAGCGCCGCAGCACCACCGCCACCAUUAUCGUCUAUGUGAAUGGCGGCUGGUCCAGCUGGGCAGAGUGGUCACCCUGCUCCAACCGCUGUGGCCGUGGCUGGCAGAAGCGCACACGGACCUGCACCAACCCUGCCCCCCUCAAUGGAGGCGCCUUCUGCGAGGGCCAGGGCUUCCAGAAGACUGCCUGCACCACCGUGUGCCCAGUCGACGGCGCGUGGACGGAGUGGAGCAAGUGGUCGGCCUGCAGCACCGAGUGUGCGCACUGGCGCAGCCGCGAGUGCGUGGCACCCCCUCCCCAGCACGGAGGCCGGGACUGCAGCGGGACCCUGCUCGACUCCAAGAACUGCACCGACGGGCUGUGCGUGCAGCAUAAGAAAACUCUAAGUGACCCCAAAAGCCACCUCCUGGAGUCCUCGGGGGAUGUGGCACUGUAUGCAGGCCUUGUGGUGUCCAUCUUCGUGGUGGUGGCCGUCCUCAUGGUGGUGGGCGUGGUGGUGUACCGCCGCAACUGCCGGGACUUCGACACCGACAUCACCGACUCAUCCGCUGCCCUCACUGGCGGCUUCCACCCAGUCAACUUCAAGACCGCAAGGCCCAACAACCCGCAGCUCCUGCACCCGUCUGUGCCUCCGGACCUCACUGCCAGUGCCGGCAGCUACCGUGGGCCCAUGUACACUCUGCAGGACUCAGCUGACAAGAUCCCCAUGACCAACUCACCCCUGCUGGACCCCCUGCCCAGCCUCAAGAUCAAGGUCUACAACUCCAGCACCACCGGUUCAGGGCCAGGCCCAGCAGACGGGUCCGACCUGUUGGGAGUCCUGCCGCCCGGCACAUACCCUGGUGAUUUUGCCCGGGACGCCCACUUGCUGCACCUGCACAGUGCCAGCCUCAGCUCCCAGCAGCAACUGGGCCUGCCCCGUGACCCGGGGAGCAGUGUCAGCGGCACCUUUGGCUGCCUGGGCGGGAGGCUCAGCAUCCCCGGCACAGGGGUCAGCCUGCUGGUGCCCAAUGGAGCCAUUCCCCAGGGAAAGUUCUACGAGAUGUACCUCCUCAUCCACAAGGCAGAAAACACCCUCCCGCUCUCGGAAGGGACGCGGACAGUGUUGAGCCCCUCAGUGACCUGUGGGCCCACGGGCCUCCUGCUGUGCCGCCCGGUCAUCCUCACGGUGCCCCACUGCGCCGAAGUCAGUGCCGGUGACUGGAUCUUCCAGCUCAAGACCCAGGCCCAUCAGGGCCACUGGGAGGAGGUGGUCACCUUGGACGAAGAGACCCUGAACACCCCCUGCUACUGCCAGCUGGAGGCCAGGUCCUGCCACAUCCUGUUGGACCAGCUGGGCACCUACGUGUUCACGGGUGAGUCCUACUCCCGCUCAGCAGUCAAGCGGCUCCAGCUGGCCAUCUUCGCCCCUGCCCUCUGCACCUCCCUGGAGUACAGUCUCAGGGUCUACUGCCUGGAGGACACGCCCGUAGCACUGAAGGAGGUGCUGGAGCUGGAGCGGACCCUGGGUGGCUACCUAGUGGAGGAGCCAAAACCCCUGCUGUUUAAGGACAGUUACCAUAACCUGCGCCUCUCCCUUCAUGACAUCCCCCAUGCCCACUGGAGGAGCAAGCUGUUGGCCAAGUACCAGGAGAUCCCCUUCUACCACAUUUGGAGUGGCAGCCAGAAGGCCCUGCACUGCACCUUCACCCUGGAGAGGCACAGCCUGGCCUCCACAGAGCUCACCUGCAAGAUCUGCGUGCGGCAGGUGGAGGGGGAGGGCCAGAUAUUACAGCUGCACACCACGUUGGCCGAGACACCUGCUGGCUCCCUGGACGCCCUCUGCUCCGCCCCCAGCAGCACGGUCACCACUCAGCUGGGACCCUACGCCUUCAAGAUCCCCCUGUCCAUCCGCCAGAAGAUAUGCAACAGCCUGGACGCCCCCAACGCACGCGGCAACGACUGGAGGCUGUUGGCGCAGAAGCUGUCCAUGGACCGGUACCUGAACUACUUUGCCACCAAAGCAAGCCCCACGGGUGUGAUCCUGGACCUCUGGGAAGCUCUGCAGCAGGACGAUGGGGACCUCAACAGCCUGGCGAGUGCCUUGGAGGAGAUGGGCAAGAGCGAGAUGCUGGUGGCCAUGGCCACCGACGGGGACUGCUGAGCUGCCCUAGACCUGCGGGCUGGCAGGGACCAGCAAGAGAUGGGCACAGGCAGGCCCAGGGCAGCCUCCUGUGGGGCAGUUGGGUCUCCUCGGCCACCAAGCUCAUAGCCAGAAUCGCCCCUCUUCCUCCUCCUCCUCCUCCUCCACCCCCUCCCCUUGCCCCACCCCCAGACCACGACCAGCCUUAGGAAAUCCAUGGACUUUGUUGUUGGGAGGACUUAGCGGUCCUUCUCCACCCCCGUGCUGUCUCCUGACCUCAGACCUCUGCACGUGAACGCGGGGACGGGACGGGGCUGGGGCCUCUGGAGGCAGCUGUGGGGCAAGGCGGUGGCCUCCGCCCAGCCCUGUCUGUUUUAGCUGUGUUUUUCAUCUGCUUCCUCGGUUACAAAUCCCUCCCUCCUCCCGAAGCCCCUUCCCCUCUCACAACGUUUUCCUCUUUGAAGAGUCAAGUACAAUUCAGACAAACUGCUUUCUCCUGUCCACAAGCAAAAAGGAAGAGGGAAGAAAGAAGGAAAGAAAGACAGCUUCAGCUAGUAAGGCUCAAAAAAAAAGAAGAAAAAUACCAAAACCACAAGGGAAAAGAAAACCCAGUUUCUUAGGAAACGCAAAUGAUUUAUUAUCCAGAUAUUUGGAUAAGUCCUUUUUAAGAAAAAAAAAAAGAAAAUGAAAACACAACACAAAAAAAUAGAAAAUGCUUUUCUUACUGUGGGUGAGUGUGGGCAUGCUUGUGGUUCUGGCCAGGAGCCUGUGUGUGUGUGUGUGUGUGUGUGUAUCAGGGAGAGAGAGACUGAAUAGGGAACACUUUGCUGUUAAUGAUUCCAUCUUAGACUAAAUUCUAACAAGGCCUCACCUUCAGCAGUUCUACAAGGUCAGAUGAGGUGUGAGCUGUGGUCGCAUGUUUCCUUCUAAAAUCUUAAGCAGUUGCUGACUCGGUGAAGCCAAGGAGCCCUGAGGUCUGGCGUGGGGUGGGGUCCUGCCUCCCUCUCACAGACCCAGGCAGGGGCCCCAAGGCUCCUCUGGGCUCCUAGGAAUCCAGAUUAAGAGGCCCUGGGAUGGAAAAUGUAGGCAGGCAGGCCCAGCUGUGAGGCAGGGAGAAUUUCCAGUCCUGUGGUCUGAUGCCCCCUGGAGACGGGGCGUGGCCCAGAAGCGGGACCCUAGCAGAGAAAGAAGUCAGGGAUGAGAAUCCCCCACGGACACCUCUCUCCCCCACCCCAGUGUGAGGCCAGCCGGCACGCCCCCACCCAGCAGCCUCUAGACCAGAUGGGCCAGAGCAGGUGGGCAUUCUCUUAAUGCCCAGGAAUCCAGGAUCUGUCCUUUCCCAGCUUCAGUUUCUCCUUCUGUACCGAAGGAGUGGAUGAGAUGGCCUUUCUAGCUGCAGAAGCCUGAGCUUCUGGGGUCGGUGUGACUUUGAGGGACGUAUUAGCAGACAGCCCUGCGGGCAGCAUGGGAGGCUGGGAGGUGGGUGGCCUGGCUGUGCUUUACAUGCCAGACUGGAGUGGAGGAGGAAGGGUGGAGGGCUAUUUUCCCAGCUCUGGUCUCCACAGGCUCCUCCCUGCAACCGUCUGCAGUCUGGGAGAGUUUGAAGGAAGCUUUGACAGGCCGGGUUGCCAGGGUGGAGGGUCUGGAACCACCGCACCAGCCUGUUCCAGGAUGUUCCAAGGGGGUCAUCAGCGUCCCUUUUGGGUCAUCAGCCGAAAUCUUGAGCUGGCGCACACACCAUAUCAAAGGCCUCUCCUCCUUGGCACCCAGGCCAAAGCAAGUGCCAGCUCUGGGCCCUGACCCCAGGGCUUGGCCCAGCAGGUCCAUGAGCCGCUGCUGGGACCAGCCCAAGCACUUCCUGGCCUUUGAAAGUCUGGUCUCCUGGGGGGAACGCAGGUUUGAGGGCUGCAGGACCAGCCGGUGUCCCCAGCCCGGCUCCCCUGCCAUGCACUCUGGGGCUAAAGGGGAUAGUGGGGCUCUUGGCGCCCAGCAGCACCCCCUGGGGAAUGGGUUGGCUGUGGCUGGUCAGGGGCCUGCUGGGUCUGAGGGGUUCCUUUUUAUCAGGGCUGCCGGAGGGGUCAGGCCUGCGUCGGGCUUUGGCCCCUGAGGCUGAGACCAUGGCUCUUCAUCACCCCAGGGCCUGUGUGGACGUUGCUUCAGACAAAGGCAGCGAGCCUUUCCUGCCAAAAAUGCCCGUCCACUGUGGGCUCAGCCUCCCCGCUGGCGCCUCGUCUGAGGUGUGGGCCUGUGCGGCAGCUUGAGGGCAGUCUGGAGUCCAAAGACCAGCGUUCAGGCUCCAGCUUGCCAUUAAAUCUCUGUGUGACUUCGGGUAUAUGACUGUCCUCUCGGGGCCUCUUUUUUUUCCUUUUUAUACCAAGAAGGCCCCACAGCUGCUGAUGACUUCUGGGCUCUGACACACCAUUCUAGGCUUCUGACGGGAACCCUAGUGGGUAGUAGUUGACUGAGGUCUGCUGUGCCCCUCCUCCCUGCCCCACCUUCAGAAGCCUGCUUCCUCAGCACCCAGGACGGGAGCUCUUGGCGGAUGAGGCCAGCCAGCCACCCAGGUGCCAUUUCUAAUCUGAUUUCCAGAAAUUGUAUACCAGGGCCUGGAGCACACAACCAAUUGGCUUAAGCCUCCUGGGAGGGUUCAUACUGCCCAGCUUUAUAAGAAAAGCCUGGAAAGGGUUUGUGGGCUCCAUCAAUCUGCCGUGGCUGCUGUGACUGCGUCUGCAGGCUGCCCGCCUCGGGGUGGGAUGGAGGUUUCUCUGCUUCUUCAGGCCUGAGAGGCAGCCCCAUGCAGCCUGAGUCCCUUGAGAGCCGCAGAUUAAGUGCCGCUGCAGAAAUGCAGGGCCCUCACGUGGUGUUGCCGUCUCUCUCAUCUCUGGGGUGUGCUUGCCCAUGCGUGCAUGUGUGUGUGUACUUUUAUCUGUGGGCACAUCAGCGUGCCUCUCCAGGAACGUGUCCCCACCUGUGUGCACAUGUGUGCCCUCCUCGCGUCCAUGCUGGGCCAUCUGGAGGUUGGCAUGCCUGGUUUUGCCCUCUCUGAGUCCACAGGGUCAGUCAGUGUAUCUUCUACGUGCCUCUCCCUCUGCUUUCUCUUGCAGUGCAGUGCCCCGGGCUCCAGAGGGACUCCCCUCUCUCCUGGAUGAUCCAGGCCCCUCUGGUGGCCUUCCCACAGCAACCAGGCAGCUGAGCCAGGUCCCUUAGCAGCCCCUCUGAGGAGAGGUGACCAGGAGCCUGGGUGCAGGGAGCAGCUCUCCUGCAGGCCAAGAGCUGGACCAUCCGCCUGGGCUGUGGACAUGGUUAUAUGCCCGGGACUGCAGGGCUGCAGGGAUGGCCCCAAUCCCACCUCUGUUUAUUCUGUAAACUACAGCCUGUAAAUAACAUUUAGCAUUGCUAUUGUAACAAAAUUAAUUUUUAUGAAAUAAAUUAUAUUUCCUAGUCUAAUAAAAAAUUCAGGU